CGAAGCUCCCCAAACCAAACCCCAGCGAUCCCCCCAACAUCCCAUCGACGACCUGCACUUCGCAACGGCAAGCAUCCUCUCGAUUGAUAUCCGCUUCGGUGACCGAAAACACACAUUACGCACGGUUUUAAACUGCAGCCGUCGCCAUCAUGUUCAGAAACAACUACGAUAACGACUCGGUCACAUUUUCACCGCAAGGGCGGAUAUUCCAGGUCGAGUAUGCGGCGGAGGCAGUCAAGCAGGGCUCAGUGGUGGUGGGAAUCGCAAGCAAGACACACGUCGUACUGGUAGCAAUCAAGCGCAAUGCCGAAGAACUCUCAUCCUACCAAAAGAAGCUGUUCCCCAUCGACGAGCAUGUCGGCAUCGCCAUCGCGGGCCUCACGUCGGACGCGCGCGUCCUCUCCAACUUCAUGAAGCAGCAGUGCCUCGGCCACCGGCUGACGUUCGGGCGCAGCAUGCCCGUGCGGACGCUGGUGGAGAUCAUCGGCUCCAAGGCGCAGAUCAACACGCAGCACUACGGCAAGCGGCCGUACGGCGUGGGGCUGCUGGUGGCGGGGGUCGACGAGCAGGGCCCGCACCUGUUCGAGUUCCAGCCGAGCGGCAUGACGGAGGAGAUGGUGGCCUUUGCGAUCGGCGCGCGCUCCCAGAUGGCGCGCACCUACCUGGAGAAGAACAUCGACAAGUUCGCCGCCUGCGACCGCGAGGAGCUGAUCCGCCACGGCCUGCGCGCCCUCAAGGAGAGCCUGGUGCAGGACCGCGAGCUGACGGUCGACAACACGAGCGUGGGCGUCGCGGGCACGGCCAAGGCGGACGAUGGCAGCACCAAGGUGGAACCCUUCCAGGUGUACGACCAGCAGGACGUGGCGGCGUGGAUAGAGAGCGUGGCGGACGACAAGGAGGGCGGCGAGGGCGGUACGGGCGCGGCCGAGGCCGAAGGCGAGGGCAUGGAGGUCGACUCAUAAACGGGAUAAACCUGGAGAUGCUGGAACACGGCGUCAUGGUGGGGAAUUCUGUAACAACAGACAGACUAGAGUCCUAGCGGCCCGGCAUCCUCACCGAGGGGAGCGCCUGGUCGACCCGCAUCAAGCCGAGGAGCCCCGGCGGAAAAGAAAUUCUUGCAUGAGUCAGAAGG